AUGUUUUUGAGUAGUUGGGCCAAAAGAGCACUGCCCAGGGUGCGUAGGACGCUAGUGCUGGAUAAGCUUCGGCCCAUAAGAACGUAUUCAAGACAAGCGGCCGCGCGGAAAAAAGAUGAAUUGCCCAGCUUUACAAAAAUUGCACUUGUCGGUUUGGUCGGUUCGAUUAUUUUUGUGGAAGCGGUCAAAUCACUUGAAAAGAACAAGCCCAAGAAUUCUUAUUCAGAAUCGGAGUUUGCAACUGCGAUGCAAGGUGUAAAACGUCGUGAAGUAAUGUUCAAGCCCGGAGAUAUCCAUAUUCAACUAGCAACUGUCGGUAUUCCAAUUGCGAAGUUGCGGAAAUCCAACCCAAACGCUAGCAUGGUCGAUCCGUGGGAGGUUGCAGAGCACUAUCGGCACUCGCAAGACGACCGAUACUACGCUUUAUUAAAUGAAAUUCACGAGAUUUAUGGCGAAAACUACCUGGAUCACUUACCGCAAGGUCUUGGUGUAGUGCUUGUGGGCCGCUACCUGCAAGAUAAAUUUCACGGCGGAGAUCAUGUCGUCGUGAUAAACUUUCCACUUAGCGUUAAAGACGCGAUAAAGUUUGAAAACGAGGUGAGCGUCGUGGAAAAUGUGUACUUUGGUACCUCCAGCGCUGAGACAGACCUCGCUCAGUAUUAUCAAACAGUGAACAAAGUUCAAGUCCUGGGGUAA